AUGUCUAUAAAUCUCAUGAAAACCAUCCUGCUGGCAGUUUCAGUGCUUCUGAUAGCAUCAGAUUAUUCCGACGCAACUAAAUCGAGGGUGGAGAACAAUUUAGAUAAGGGUCAAACCCUAACCCUAAGUUGCACAUAUUAUGCAGCAAAUAAAACCAAGAUCGUGACGGUGGCCGGCGUUCUUGGUAGCAACCAGGUCAAAGAGUUCAGUCUGGAUCCCAAAGUUACUCCUACCAUUAAUUGUACGUUUAAAUGGGAAGGUGCUUCUGACCAUUUCUUCCCAAUAUACUCGGAUUUGAGGGAUAAUCCCUAUUGUCUCACUGAGUGUACUUGGAGUAUCAAGCAAGACCGUCCUUGUAGGGUUGAUCCAAACAAUUCCCAGAUUACAUAUUACUGUGAUACUUGGAUUAUCAAUUAA